AAACAGACCCAAUAUACUUAGUAUAUUGGGUCCAGACGAAACACAGUAACAUUAUCAUCACUGUCACAACCACUACCAUAAAAAGAAAGUAAGUAAUCUGUAUUUGUGAUCACUACUGGGGAAUAGAUGGAUGGCCAAGCAACCUAUUCCUUUCUUAGACCCCCAUCCUCAGCCUCCUUUACUGGCUACAAAAGCUCCCUCCAUAUCACCACUCGAUGUUCACUGUGUACACUCUCAGUUAUGUUCAUUUAUAUUUGUAAAUUAACCUGAUUGAUUCUCUUGGCAUGAAAAGAGAUGGGUGGCAAUAAACUGCUCAACCUCUGAGAGACUUAAACCCCCUAACUCUUGACUCUUACUCAACUGGGGAUCGAAACUGGGUAAAAUCCUCAAAGAAAGUUUAACUCUAAUAGUAGUAGGAGGAAAUGGGAAAGUACCAACUUGGGAGUCCUAUACAAGCAUCUGUUACUUGAAAUCUCCAUCUCAAAUGUUAAGAAAGUCUCCCCUGGUUCUUUCAGUCCAGAAUCUGUGGGCUUUUUCUGUUUCAUUAUUAACCCCAUUUAGCUCUUCUCCAAUAAUUCAGCCUAAUGCCGAUUAAAUAUGAGAGUGGGCUAAACAGUAAUGAUGUUUUUCUGAUCAAACUUCAGUUUCUCAUUCUCUGAAACUCCUUUUUUUUGGAGGGAUGACAUGAAUGGGAGGGAAAGGAUGGUGGUCGUUUUCAGGCUAACUACCAGGAAAAAAAAAAAAGAGAGAUAGAUAUGAAUUCUCCUUCCACAAAGCACAGCAUAAUAAAAAUGUUUGUUCAAAAUAUUUUAAUAAAGAUUCUUUCUGACAUAGAUACACAUACAAAUGAUCAUACAUAGCUGUCAUAUUCUGAUUGACCUAUUUAAUAUAUAUCACUCUUUACACAACCACGACCUGCCGACAGAGCCAUCAGGACUUCUAGUUUACCAUUCUCCUGACAGAAUUUGCAUUAUCUGUAAGGAAUGGAAAUUUUUUUAAAAGAGAUUUUCUUGAUUUUCAGGUGGCAGAGAGGCAGGUACUCAGCCAUGCAAACUAAAACUGAAAACACUUUGGAUAAAUAGCUUUUUCUUGUUCUUCCUUAAUUUAAUUUUAUUAUUAUUUUAUUAUUUUUUAGAAAAAUAACAAAAAAUUCACACCUUAGGCAAACCAAACGUCUUUGAACUUAAAUAAUCUUCCACAAGUAAAAUAAGUUUUAUACAUAUUAAAAGGAAAUAAAUUAGACUUUCUAAAAAUGCACAGCACAGCCUGGAAAAAUAUUUGCUUGGCAAUGUUUUUACUUAUAACAUCUAUUGCUGUGAUGCCUUGUUAAAGUAAAUCACUAUUUCCCUUUUAGAAUGCAAAGAAGCCCCUUUCAAAAAGUGAUCAAUUCAUUCAACAAUUAAGAAUACACCUUUCCUGUAAUUUUUGGACUGAAGCAAUUUAUUAAAGCUCAAUUUCAAUACAGGGAUGAUGCAACUGAAAAAAAUUCAGAUGACCUUUCAUAAACCUAAGUAGCUCUGAUACAUCAAUAUUUCUGUUUAUACGUUGUUGGCAAAUAAACCUUUUAAACACUUGGCACACAGUAUAAGUUAAUCCAUAAAACAGAAUUUUAGAGGCAUUAAAAAAAAAAAAAAAACCUGCACAUAAGACCCGUGACCUUAACACAUGAUAAAUACUGUUGGUGUAGAGGGGUCCUUGAAGAAUAACAAAUAAAUAUCAUGUAUUGUUAUACAUCAUUGCAAAGUGGAAAGUAACAAGGUGCACAUAAACAUUUAAAAAUGCAAAAUACUUUCAGCCACACGAGUCUUUAAAGUCACUCUCCCUAAAACUUUGCAUUUUCACAGGAUUAGAGUUCAGAGACAAUAAAAAAUACAAGUCUUUCAUAGCAACAUGUAAGUCUUUUUUUUUUUUUUUUCACUUAAAUAAGUCUACUUUUCAAGUUUUUCUCCUGGCUCAGAAUCAAAAAUUAUUUUCAAGUGCCCUUUCUGAUUUGUCUGAAUGAAUAUCCGGUCUGCCGCCCCACCCAAUCCCGACCCAUAAACCCCUCAGUCCUAACCAAAUUCAUAAUUAUUAGUAGGAUUAGUGUUUUGCUUUAAAUAAAUCGUCUCUCCCCUGAUUAAUAAUUGAGACAUUAUCUCUCAACUCCCACCCCUCUUCCAUAAAAGGCGACUUAUUACUUAGUUGGCAUAAAAGUCACCACUUUUUCAUGAAAAAUAAAGCCACCCUCCUCUCCCCCAUGAAUUCCACACACCCUAUCCCACAAUUACCCUCCCCUUUUCCUCCCCCCCCCCAAAAAAAUUAAUAAUCCACGGAGAAUAAUCCGCAGAAGUUACGGCCAAAGUCCUGUUUGUCUCUCUGAUUCUUCAUGUUGGUUCACUCUUUUGCUGUGUUGAUUCAAUGUUUUGCAACUAUUAGGGAAUAAAAUAAAGAAGAAAAAGGGAGGGGGAGCAAUAAGAUCUUCUUCCUCUAGCGUUUGGGUAGGUUUUGUGUGGUUGUUUUGUUUUUAAGG